CAGAUGCUAAUAUAUACAAGGCCUGACGGACAUUUUUUAGGCCAGGAGAGUCAUUCACUUUUAAAAUGCAGCUUUAAACGAGUAUCUUGAUGUUCUUGGUAUUCUUCUCACACUUUUCCAUCGGAUUAGUUACACAUGAAAAGCUGUCGACGCAGAUAAACACAAACACGGCCAUAUUGCGGCAAAUUUUGGCAAAGUUAAAUAGAGACAAUCCUGAUGUUGAAAACUUGCAAGAGGUAGCAGAAGGAAAGACAUCCACUCAAAGUUCGCAACAUACAAUUUAUAAACCUGGUAAUGCUAAUGACGGAAUCCUAAACACGUUUUCGCACACCACUGGGGAGCAGUCACCAUACUGGGAGGUUGACCUUGGUCGUGUUUACAAGAUCAAACAGAUCGAAAUAUUUGUACGGAGAUACUGCUGUGGUGAUCUAAUCCGUCAGUUAGAUAUCACUGCAGGACCAUCACAUAAUCUGAUGACGCGUUGCGCUUUUUACCCAGGACCUGCCAAGACAGGAUACCACCUGGCCUUUGAAUGCAGUCCAAUAAUAUUUGGCCGUUACGUCAAAAUACAGAAGAAUGGUACGAGCAACUUAGCUUUAGCUGAAGUAAAGGUGAUGGCUAUUGUUGACAGGACAGUUGGUUAAAGGGACUAGUUUUUCUCAAUUGCAUACAUAUCGCUUGAAUUAAAUCGAAAAUUGUUUAGUUAAUGUA